UGCCCCCGGUUUGUAGCGAGGGAAGCCGAGGCUCGGAGAAGUUUAGUGAUUUGGGUUAGGUCGGGCCGAUAUUUUAAGCCCGUGAUCAGCCUACAGCGUUCCAUCCCCCGCCCCAAUGCCCUUGCCCCCAUGUCGAGACCCCCUCACCGGAAGUCACUGUCCAUGUGUUACAUUAGGUGGAGUGGGGUCGGGACGGCGUGGCUUCAAGUCCUGGGCCAGCCAUUAGCCGCGUAACCCCGGCUCGGUCAUUCAGCCUCUGUGGCCCUGUCGUGAGAAUUAAACGAGAGAAUGUGGGUAGAGGUGCCAGAAACAGUAGGCGCUCAAUACAUGCGCAUUAUCCCUCUGCUGAUGGAAUAAAGCUCCACCAGGGAGCCCACGGAGGCCCUUAAUAAGGGCUCAUUGAAGGAAUGGGCUGUGUGGGGGAUGGGCCUCGACCUUAUCUCCAGCCUUAGCAGGGCGCUCCACACAGCAGGUGCUUACUAAAUGUUAGUUGACUGGCGCUUGAGGUAAAGUGAGAAUCCGCCCAAGAUCGCAAGGCUAUCCAGUUUGGGCUGGACAGAUGGAUUGGUGGAAGUCGCAGCCUGGGUCUCUGUCAUGGCCUCCCUUCUGACUCCAGACCCAGUUCUCUUCUGCUAAUUAGAGAACCGGUCACCUCAUGCUGGGAUCUCCGGAGUGAGUCCCUGUGGAUGUCAGCUGCCCCCUGCAUGUGAAGCCAAGGUGCCUUGGCACCCUAUAACUACCCUGUAGCCCAAGAGAGAAGACGCACAGCGCCGGGAACAGGGAUGCCGCUCAGUGCCGCAAUGUUGGAGGUCAUCAACCUCAAUGCUGUACCCAUGAUCGCCCUGGACUAUGACCUGUCGGUCCCGCCUACGGAGAGGCAGAGGCUCCACCAGGAGCUGAAGACUUACGUGAAGGAGAACCCACCCUUGUGCAUCGUGGGCUCCAUGGGCAAGCUGAAUAGGAAGAUCGAGCAGAUCGACCUGAAGACCAGACUCCACAAGACCAGCAUUCACAGCAACUUCCUGGUCAUUGAGAAACUGGAGGCAGAGAAGAAACUGAGAGAACAGCAGCGCAUCUUGGAAGAGAAAGAGAAGACUAACAAAGGCAAGAAAAAGCAGCAUAAGUUUUUCCCGCUGACUCCAUCGACUUCAAAUGUUCCCCAUCCUGGGCCAAAAAAGAGAACCCAGAAGGAUGGACUGGCCGAGCUGUACCAGGCCCCAGAGUACAAUGAGGCGCUGCCCAACGAGCUGCCCAAUGGGGUGAACUACUGUGACAUGGUGGGCAACGUCAUCCGAGCGCAGGGAGGCGCCAUCAGCGGCAAGGUCUUCUGUGCACCAACAGAAAUGAUCAAAUUCUUUGCAUCUCCAUAUUCAAAGGCGAUUGUGCUCGAUUGUUUCUGGUGGAUGUUUCAUGAGAGAUAUGACCCAAACAAGAUGAUCCAGAGGAAGCUAUUUGAUCGAAUAUCAAAGAACUACGCUCAUCUCCUGGUGAGCAUGCCCAAGUCAUCGUACAAAGAAAUCAUCCUGAGAAGCUUCUCCUCCCUUCUGAGUCAAACCCUGUACACCAGCUUCUGCACCUGCUUCCCACAGUCGUGGUUUGACAAUCACGAAUUCAAAUCUUCCAUCUGUAACACGAUGACUCAGUGGAUUGGAGGCACAUUCCCAAGCCCAAAGAGCUAUGUCCACUGGAACUACUUUGAACUGGAGCCGGUCAGAUUCCGGAGAGAAGAGUUAAUGAGAGGCAAAGAGAAGUUUUCUGGCAACAACAGGCAGAAGAUUGCGAUGCAAAUCUCAAAGUCCGAGCCCCGCUCAAAGAGCCAAAGACAAGCCUCCAAGAAGGUCAGGGAGAUCACAGAGAUGAGGAUGUUGGAGAGGUCAGCUCAGAACGAGUCGCACCCAGCCUGCAAGGGACCUGAAUUCUCGAAAAACCUGUUCAGCAUCACUGGCAACAGCCCCUUGAUUGUCCAUUACCUGCAGCAGCACAAUUCUUAUCUCCAGGCCGGCCAGGACAUCUUCAUGGUCCGCCAUGACAUGACCAAGACUAUGCCGGAGGGCACAGCCACGUAUAGAGACGUGAUCCGGCAGGUGAGGGCUAACAUGAAGAAACUGAGCAAGGACACCAAGUGUCUGCGCAAGAUGCAUUGGAAGGAGUGGAAGGUGUUUGAACAGAGCCAGAAGGACCUGCAGGCCGAAUUCAUCAGGAAAGUGAGAGACAUCAGUGCAAAUGCAUUAGAAAAGAAGAAGAUGAAUCAGUAUUUCAUCCCCCCACCAGUUCCUCAGGAGGAACUUUCUGAUCAAUUUGGAAAAAUCUUUAAAGGGGAUGAACUACACUGCAGGGCUGCGCACACAGUCCCCCUGCUGAGAAUGAAAAGUUAGGCUGGGACCGUGAGUUCAAGUUCCUAACCCUUCACAGUUCCUUGAGCCGUGCACAUUAAAGUUGGGCCCCAUCCAGGGCCGUGGAGGCUGUGGCAAACGGAGGCCCCCAGAGGCUGAGUGCUGGGGUGGAGGCUUUGUGAACUUGGGAAGAAUUCCAGAUGAGAGAGGCGCUCCAGCUCCAGUGUGUUCUGAGUUGGUGAGCUCAGGGCUCGUGUUGAAGUUUUAUUUUAAAUGCAAUAGAUUUGAAAGAGAACUUAUUAUCUUCCUUCUCAAACCCAUCCUUUCCUUUCUAAACUUCCUGAUUUCUAUUGAGAGACCAUACUCCUGGCCAUCCUGGGCUGUCUUGGGCGUUCCUCUCUCCCUCACAUCCAACCACAUCCUGUUGAAUUGUUCAGACCUUUGUUACCUCUGUCCUGGACUGUUGCAGUGACCUUUUUUUUUUUGGAGUGAGCUAAUCAGGGUUAAGUGACUUGCCCAGGGUCACACAUCUAGUAAGUAUCAAAUGUCUGAGGCUGUAUUUGAGAGCAGGUCCUCCUGACUCCAGGGCCAGUGCUUUAUCCACUGUGCCACCUAGCUGCCCCUCUGUCCUCUCUCCUUCCCAAUUAAUCCUUUUUUAAAAAUCAGUUUUUGCCUUGGGGUACACACCUUCAUGGCGGGAUCUCUGCAUUAAAUGGUAUGAACACUGCUGUUACCUUCCAUAGGCCUCUGCUCCCCUCUCCCUCAGCCGCUCCCAGGAUAAACAUCAUCCUGCAGAAAGAACUUGCUCCCUGCAUCGUUCUCAUCUCUGAAAUUCUCUCUUUAGAAUUUCCCAUUCUUCCAUCUCUUUCCUCUGCCUCGCUCCUAAACCUGUUCUUCAUCCUCAUUGCAACCUCUAGUGUCUCUGUCCCUCCCUGUUUCCAAAGUCCAUUAGCCCUGCUCUGCACUCCUUUUCCUGUCAUCACUCUUUUUUUUUUUUUUUGGUGGGGCAACGAGGGUUAAGUGACUUGCCCAGGGUCACACAGCUAGUAAGUGUCAAGUGUCUGAGGCCAGAUUUGAACUCAGGUCCUCCUGAAUCCUUUAUCCACUGUGCCACCUAGCUUCCCCCUUUCCACCUCACUGCCCCCUUCCUGUCAUCAGUCUUGGCCCCAUAACUGACCAACAGCUCUGUGCUAUUCUCUGUGCUGGCUUCCCUUGCCCAGUUUUGCUGCUGCCACCAGGGGUGUGCCAGGUCUCAGCCCUGGGCCACCCCCAGCAUCCACCGUCCUGACCUGAACAUUCUAGAAGGGAGACACAGAUCUAAGCCAUCCAGUCUCAACUGGGCCUUCUGGGCCGCCCAGAAGAACAUGUGGUCUUCCUUCAUUGACUCUCCCAAACUCCCCAUAACUGUCUUCAGGCCUCCCAGCUGCCUCCAACUCUCGUCUCAACAGGUGUCCUCUCCCCUACCAUGUGGGGGUAAUAGAAGCCAGUUCCCUCUUCUUCCCACUCUGGACCUCAGAACCCAGAAUGUUCUCACCCAUCCUCUCCACCAGCGCUCACACCUCUGAGGAAGUGGUGGCCCUUCUCGCCAAAAGCCAUCCCUCUGUUCCUGUGCCCUUGGUCCCAUCCCCUCCCAUCUCCUCCAGGAAGGAGUUCAUCACCUCUCCCUUUUUUCCCCUCAUGCUGGUGUCCUGCACAUCCCCUCCCUCACACUGCCCGAUUUCCAGGAGCAACUGCUUAAACUCAUCGCCCCCCCCCCUUCCUGCCCACUGGGGCUCCAGCCCUUCACAUCUCUUACCUGGGUUAUUGCAGGCUCUCUGCCCUCUCCAGCUCCUCCUUCACACAGCUGUCGGAAUAAUCUUCCCAAGACACAGCUGGAUCUCGGUCACUCCCCUGCUCCAAAGCCCCCAUCUGGCUUGGCCUGCCCAGGAUAAGGUACAGACUCUUAAGUGUGCAUUUAAGGCCUUACACCAUCCAACAGCUAUUCCCCUUUCCAUCCUUGUUUCCAUAUACCUCCUUUUCACUUAUGUUUUCACCAAAUUGGAUUUUUAACUAUUCUCUAAAUGUAAUAUUCCACAUCCCACUUCCGGACAUUCCACAUCUCCUCCUUGCUCUUAGAGUACUUACCCUUCCCUAGGGUAUUCUCCCUCCUAGGAGAAAUCUUCCCUAAUCUCUUAUCUCCCUCCUUAAGAUUGUGAGCUCUGGGAGGGCAGGGACUGCCUUGUUUUUGUCUCUGAACCCUCAGCCUGGUAAAAUGUCUUGCAUGUAUAUGUAUUUUUAAUAAAUGCUUAUUGAGUUGAAUUUUUGUGAAUGAUUCUCAAGUAUUUUCCAUAAGGUCGGACCAAUUCAUGGUGCUAACAAUGGUGGCUCAAAGUAUGACUAUCUUCCCCACGGCUCCUCCAGCAUGGACCUUUCCCAUCCUUUAUCCUUCAUGACAUUUUGGGGUAAUCUCUUGUUUUAAUUUGCAUUUCUAUCAUCAUUAUUACUAUUAUGUGUAAAUUUUAACAUUUAUUCCAGUGUUUAAUAUUUUAUGUACUUUUUCUUUUGAAAAUUUCAUAUUCUUUAACUACUUGUCUUUCAGGAAACAAUUUUUAAUCAUGUAAAUUGUAAUCCCUAUAAGUUUUGAUUGUUAAACUUAUCAAAAAUGUUUGCCCCCUCAUCCAUAACUUUUCUUUGCAUUCCAGCUGCAUUGAUUUUGUUCAUGCAAAGGCUUUUAAAUUGUAUUAAAUCAUACUGUAAGAUGGUUGAGUGAGAGGCCAUGUGUAAGUUCCAUUCUCCCAUAGCACCUCAAAACAAUAAGUGUGUGAGAUUAAGUAAAAGAAAAACAAUAUGAACGUAAUGUAAAGAAAUCCUCAGAAAAUCAAGAGAGCUCUGUUUCCUCUUCCUGCCCCUCCAAGAUGUUACUAUGAGUUGCUUAGACUGUGUAUAUAGUUGCCCUAGACACAAGCCAUAAAUAAGGUUCUUUUGGAGAGCCUGAAUAAAUUCCAGGUGAAGGCAAAAAAGCAAAGAGAAAUACCAUUAUUCCCUUUCAGGCCCAUUCCCAGGAUUAGACACCUGGGUUCAUGGGAAACUAGGGUUCUUGAGGAGGGGGAUCUGGGAUUUAGAUGAUAUCAUGGGGGUUUUGUCCAGGAUUUGAACCCUGAUCCUCUUACAUUUGUUCUAUUCUUUUCUUUUUUGGUGGGGCAACAAGGGUUAAGUGACUUGCCCAGGGUCACACAGCUAGUAAGUAUCAAGUGUCUGAGGCCACAUUUGAACUCAGGUCCUCCUGAAUCCAGGACCAGUGCUCUAUCCACUGUGCCACCUAGCUGCCCCGUUUGCUCUAUUUUUAAGACAGUAUUCUGACCUGUGUUCAGCCAGAAACAAAUAUAGAAGGAGGAAGCCAGGAACUGGAGGCAGAGAAAUGCCUGCCCCAACUUUCCCAAACAAGCACAGCUUCUGUGGACUUCUCGAAGUCACAGUUUUCUGUUACUGGGAGAAGGAAAGAGGAAAAAUCACUUCCUUUAAUGCUCCUCCUCAGAUAGUCCUUUUCACAGCUCUCCUUUUCCCCAUUACUCCCCUGGUAGGGGUGCAACAUGUCAGCAGAUGAAUUUAAUACAAGGUCAUAUUGCUAGCAUUUUUAGAACUAUACCAAAUAAUAGCAAGGAGAGUGGGCAUGAUUGCUGUGCCCUUGUAGUCACUGGAAAAGCUAAUGGUUCCUCAGUGUAUAUGAAGCUUGCUUUUGGUUUUAAUUAAUACCAUUUUAUGAUAUUAAAAAAAAGAUUCAUCUAUCUCUAUCCCUUUUCUCAACUUCAGCACCCAAUUCUAGAGAACUCCAGAAGCACAGGAUGCUGGUAAAGUCUCUGCUGAGAAGUUGGCUGCUAGUGCUGGUCCCCAAAUCAAACAGUCCCAGAAAAGUCUGUAGAAUCUCAUCUGCUGCCCAGGAGAGCAGCUUAGUUCUGGACUUCUAUGAGCCCCGUUCCAAUUAUGUGGGUUUAUAAUAAUUAAGCAUAUUAUUUGCUUUGUCAAUGGCUUAUUUUGCCCCACCUGAUAAUCACUCUGCUACCUUGAAUUAAAGAACAUUCCCUGGAGGUUUUAACCCUUUUAUCUCUGGAACUUAUUAGGGAGUGCUCCUGAUUGGUAGCUGCCUCACUGGGUCCACUCAAUCAUUCUGGCAGCCCCUGGCCACGUUUCACUCCAUGUGGCCCUCCCCUGCCAUUUCUGGAAGGGAAAUCCAAGGCGGAGGCUUGGCUGGGAGCAGUGGGCAAUCUGAUAAGGGGGCAAGCCAUUCCAGAAAUGACUUCAGAGAGUUGAAUUGAUUCACCAAGAGGUCAAGAUGGGGAGGAGAGUGGCUAGUUUGGGAGAGAAGGGAUAGAACUGGGGGUCAAGGGCCUGUAGAUCACUGUGCAGAGGAAGAGUAGGGUUUUAUGAGGGAAGGCCAAGGUGAGACACCAACAAGUUUCACAGGCUGUAUUUUCUGAGCUCAUCUUUAGGACAGCUCUCUCAGACAUCGUUGACUUAUCCUUUGUAAUGUUGACCAGAACUGACCAGAAUUAUUUCAGGUGAGAGAUGCUGGGUGAAAGUUAACUCUGACUUCCAUGCUUUGUAAAUCGAGGUGUUUGUGACACAGUCAUUUGCUCACAGAUGGGACGUUUUAAAGAUAAACUAUCGAUUGGGGACAGGACAUGUUUUGAAUCACUCUGACAGAUCAUUUGAAAGAUCCACCUGAAUA